AUUUCACGAUGGCGGUAAAUAGAAAUCAUUUAUAGAAAGAAUAUGACAAAUAGAGAAUAUCCUUUUGGAUUUGACUAAUUUUACAUUGACUGAUGACUUCAACCGACAGUUUAAAUGGUCAUUUUUAUGGGCCAUCCUCUGUAUCCCUCGGUACCCAUCAAGAUCCCUCUGCACUUGUCAACCAGCUUCAGUUUAAUCUGCGAACUCCAUAUUCAAUUGAAUCAAUGAAAUCAAAUUUUGAAAAACCAAAGCCUGUGUUAAUUGAAAAAUUUCCAUCAGCUCCUAUUCAUGGAUAUCGAAGUAUGAGUCCUAUUUUAUCUCAUGGUGUAACUUCUUCACCACUAUCAUCUCUGAGCAAUGAACGCCUCAACUUUGCUGUACAGCUAGCUAAGGUUGAUGCAAAGAAACUAUGGAAAAAACAGAAAGAACAGGAGAUGAUAGAUGAUUUGACAAUAGUAAAGACAAAAGAUUUUAAAAAAAUAAAUUCAACAGCAAACCAAAAAAAGACAAAACAGAUACCAAAAAAGGUUGUUAAGAAAGAAAGUCAAACAAGAGUUAAGGACGAUGAUUUUUACCAAAGGAUACCUACUCAACUGCACACAGAAUCUGGUGGUGAACAAUCUAAAGAAAUAAAAAGACUUGAAAAACAGAUUCAAAACUACCUGAAGAAACUUAAAGAUCUCAUUCACAAAGGCAAAGAUGAGAUUAAUAAUAAAGAGAAAAAGCAUUUCCAACAAAAGAAAGAAAAUGUCAGUGUUCUAUCAGAUGAUGACACAGACCAAAGACAACGCAAGAGAUCAGAGGAACAGGCAUCAAGAUCAGCCAGAAUUUUGUAUACAAUUGAAUGCCAGAUUCAACAACUUGAAGAUGAAAUACGUAAGAAUGGACGAGAUGUUAAAGAACGAAGAAAGAUCCAGUCUCUUGAAGGACGCCUCGCUGCCGCUCAACGUGCCAUUAUCCGCGCUUUGCGCAUGCUUAUAAACAGUGCACCUUUGCAACCUAAGAAUUGCCAAUAUUAUCAAACUUUGUUUCAAACUCUUACUUCGCUAAUACAACAGCUUUCAGACUUGUCUCUUUUAAUGGAAAACCAGGACAAUGAAGGCACAAGUAUUCAUAAGAGGAUAAAGAAGUACAAUGAAACCAAAACGUCUGAUCCACUGAAAGCGUUUGAGCUGUCUUCAAAUCGUGAUGUUAACAAAAAAUCUUUAGAAAGAAAUUUCCCUCAUUUUCCGUUGGAGUUUUUCGAUGAAAACGAUUCAACGUUAACGGUUGAUCCUUCCCCAGACCGCAAUGCGACAUUGAAAUCUGCAGUGCAAGCUUUAAUGAGAGAGAAAGGGCUAGAAAAGAAAAUUGGUGACAGAAAAAUGCAAUCGUCGUCGAAAUCUGAGAAAACGAGGUUGAAGUCUGUUCUGUUGCCAAAAACAAUUCAGAUCAGAAGAAAAUAUGGUUUCAAGCCUUCAGAGAAAACAGUAAAAGUGCCUGAAAAUUUAUCAAAUUUCAAAAAAGAAACGAAGUCAUCAAUUCAGAAGAAAGUGGCGAGACAAAAAACGAAGACGAAAGUUGCUGAAAUAAAAACAAAAGAAGAAAGGUUGCAUUGAGGAUAUUUUCGUUGUACCAAAUGAAAAAAUUACGGUUGAUUAUAAUGACAAAGAUAAAAGUGAAUUAAAUAAAGUUAAGGUUGAAAGUAAUAUCAUGGAUAUACCAAAGAAUUUGAUCUUAGAAGCGGAGAAAGAAAUCAAAAACAGACUUCAACCACUACUGGAUAAGGCUGAGAUUGUUGUCAGUAAAACAAGGAAAAAUUCCAUCCAUACGCAUUUUGGCAACGUUAUUUCCAAAGUGACGAUGAAUGAGAAUGAAUUGUUAUCUGACAUGAUACUUGAUGAUAUUUUAUUAGAUACAGCUCAAGAACUGCAAAGACUUGAGGAUGAACAGGAUAUAUUGAGUGACGAGUCCAGUUUAGAAAAUUCUUUAACAUUGGAUAACAUUUUCAAAAGACUGGAGCAAUUUGAGAAAGAAGAAGAGCGCUUACGAAGAAGUUUAAAUCAUGUUGUUUACACUGAUACGUAUUGUACAGAACGGAAAAACAAUCCUAAAUCUUGUCUGGCGUCUUCAGAUGAACGAGUGAGUGUUUACAGAAGAGAUGCCUCUUUGAAACAUUUCACUAAAUCCAACUGUAAAAUUCUCUUAGUUUACCAUUGGAAAUUCAAAACAGUAUUUUUUCCUAUCGUGAAAGAUUCUUAGAUUAUCUGCAACGAAGUCAUUCAGGAAAAUCAACUAGUUUUGAUCCUGGGAAUUUGAUUGAAAAAUUGAGCGAGGAGAUUUUCGAUGAAAUUAUUGAAGAAGUUGCUCGUGAAUUCACUGGAGCUUGUGAUAAUAUUUCCGAAAUGAUGUUUCAAUCUGAAUUUUUGAAAGAACAAUAACAUGUUUUGCAAUUAUUUGAUGGAAAAAACAUUGACUUUUUCAUUGUAUUUAUACUGAUAACAUUUUCCCGUAAAGGCGAAAGUUGAUUGGUUGACAACUGUCUGAGCAACAUUAAAUUUGUCGGGGGCAGUGAAAAAUUAUGCGAGUCAAAAUGUCGAAUGUUUUUGAUUUACGAAACAAGUUCCUUCAUUUUGAAAGUGUGCAUUAAAUCUUCCUUUGUAUUUUUGAGGAAGAAUUGCUGAAUAAUGACCUUUAAUAGAACUACUCUUGGUAACUUUGCCUUAUGAAGAAAAUUUGCAAACCAGCCGAAACUUAAAUAUUAAAUACAGUAAAACACUAAACUAAACAAUGAAUAAUUUCCCAAAUGAACAAUAUGAUCUCAAUUAUCAUGAAAUAAGUCAGCAUAAUGCGUUUAUAAACCGAGUACAAUUUGGAGAAAAUGUUGAAUUGCCUCAAUACCACGACAAUGUACUGUUUGAUCCAUUUGUGCAGGUAAAGAAAAGAAAAGCGGAAGAUGAUUAUAGGUCAAUGUGUCCAGGUGUGAAACGUAGAAUUACAGAUGAGCACAUGGCUGCAGAAAUGAACACACUUUGCUUAAAUAAUGAACAGAAAUAUUGCCAUAGUGAAGCUGUAUUUAAUCCUACUGAAAUGGUUGAUACACAUUUUGGUUAUCAGUCCAAUAACUCAAUGGUUCUAAAUGAUACAGAAGAAAAAAGUAGAGAAUAUCCUAUCUUUCAAUUUACUGCUUCAAUGGAGGAGAUUUUAAAGAAAAAGAAUGAUAUUUUACCACUGCAGAUUAUUCAAGAAAUGCGUAAACCAUGUUUGGCUAUGGUGCCUUACACACCACGAGUGAACUAUAAAGAACAAGAGAUUGCACAACAACAUCUAAAUGAAGUGAGAGAAAAUGAUGAAUGCUCAAUAGAGAAGAUGGAUGAUGGUAAUUUUGUGUCAUAGAUUUUGAAAUAUUAAACAAAAAUGUACAGUGAUUGACAAAAUGUGUUUCUGUGUAGAAGGGUUAGUAUUUUUGCUUUUCGAUAAUGUUUACUUUUCGAAAUGUUUAUAUUGUACACUAAAUAUAUCUGGGAAACUUAACUUUCUUCAAAUAUUUAUAACGCAUUAAAUGUUAAAAUAAAUAAAUUCUACAAAGUUCAGCAUAUCUAUGAA